AAACCGGUCACCGAGCAGCACGUUGUGAGAAGCUUCGGAGACGAUCGGAGAAAUCACGCGUUUCUGAAUCCAGCACUUUUUAUUUUUUGCUCAUCGACUCAUCGACAUUUCCAGUUGACCAAAGAAAUGGUGAUGGAGAAGCCAAGUGCCCAGCUGGUCGGGCGAGAGUUUGUCCGACAGUAUUACACACUGCUGAACCAGGCUCCCGACUACCUGCACAGGUUCUAUGGAAAGAACUCCUCCUACGUGCACGGCGGCCUGGACGGCAACGGCAAACCAGCCGAGGCUGUUUAUGGACAAUCUGAGAUCCAUAAGAGGGUGAUGGCUCUGAGCUUCCGGGAUUGUCACACAAAGAUCCGGCACGUGGACGCGCACGCCACCCUGACCGAGGGCGUGGUGGUGCAGGUGAUGGGCGAGCUGUCCAACAACAUGCAGCCCAUGAGGAAGUUCAUGCAGACCUUCGUGCUGGCGCCGGAGGGAACCGUUCCAAACAAAUUCUACGUCCACAACGACGUGUUCCGGUACCAGGACGAGGUGUUCGGAGACUCUGACUCUGAGCCUCCAGAAGAGUCUGAGGAUGAGGUGGAGGAGCUGGAGGAGAGGAUCCCAUCCCCCGACAUCGCUGCCGAGGAGUCGACUACCUUCUACGACCAGACGGCCUGUUCGGAGCCGGCGGUUCCCGGCGACGACGAGGAAGUUGCGGCGGCGAGUCCUGAGCCCGAGCCGGAGGUGGAGAAGGAGGCGGAGCAUGCGGUCGUGGAGCUGAAGCCGGAGACGACGCUGGAGACGCAGACAGACGCACUCAAGAUCGAAGACCAGACAGACAGUAGCCCAGCCGCCGCCCCCCCGACCACAGAACCCGUCACCAUGCCCGCCGAACCCGCGCCUGCUGCCCCAGAAGAAAACAGGCCGUUCUCCUGGGCGUCCGUCACCAGUAAGAACCUCCCCCCCAGCGGGGCCGUCCCAGUCACAGGAAUCAACCCACAUGUUAUCAAAGCCACCCCCGCAGCACCGCCCCGAGCAGAAGUGAAGUCAGAGACUCAGACGGCAGCACAGAGACCCCAGAGAGACCAGAGAGACCAGAGGCCGAGGGAACAGAGGCCUGGGGGUCCGCCGCCGGUGCACAGAGGACCCAGACCAGUGCGAGAGGGUGAGCAGGGCGAGACGGAGGGCCGCAGGGUGGUCCGGUACCCGGACGCCCACCAGCUGUUCGUGGGAAACGUCCCUCAUGACGUGGACAAGAGCGAACUCAAGGAGUUCUUUGAACAAUACGGUACCGUCCUGGAGCUGAGGAUCAACAGCGGAGGGAAGUUGCCGAACUUUGGCUUCGUGGUGUUCGACGACUCUGAACCGGUUCAGAAGAUCCUCAGCAACAGGCCCAUCAAGUUCCGAGGCGACGUCCGCCUGAACGUGGAGGAGAAGAAGACCCGUUCAGCCCGGGAGGGCGACAGGAGGGACGUGAGGCCCCGCGGCCCCGGAGGUCCCGGUGGUCCCAGAGAGAGGAUAGGAGGUGGAGGAGGAGGCCCCCGAGGCCCCCCCACCCGAGGAGGCAUGGCACAGAAACCCAGCUUCGGCUCCGGACGCGGCGCCGGGCCCAGCGACAGCCGCUACCCCGCCCAGCGCCAGUGAGACGCCCGGGCUCCAAACCUGAGUUAGAUUUCUGUUUGGAUUCAUUAACUUGAGUGGUCACUGAUUACUAUUAUUUUAUUUUUUACUGCAGCAGGAAUGAAUUGGACAAAACCCAAAUUAGUCAAAAACCCCUUCGUUGCUUUGGAGCUAGGAGCAGAAAUUUGUAGGAUUUGUUCUUUUCGAGUCUGAGUUUGGGACGAUUCCCAUUCGUCGAGAGUUUUCACUGUCGUGUCAAGCCGCCUCCUGCUGACUUCAGCCGCCGGCCACCACAGGGCUGCCUCCUCCUCCUCCUCCUCCUCCUCCUCCUCCUCCUCCUCACCUGACUCUUCUUUCUCACCUGCUGCUUUUCGUUGCCCUCCGAGGAAUCCAGAACGUCACUCAUCCGCUCGCCCAGUCUCUCCCUCCUCUCCUCCAUCACCACAUGUAUUAUCUGGACUUGUCAUGUUUUUUGUUUUUUCAUGCUGAACUUGAAUUUAUUACGAAACAAAUCAAAAACAUGCAAAACACAUGAGAAAAAAAGGGUAAAUACUACUUGAAUUGGGGAUUAAAAAACCCAGAUGUUUGGUUUUUUUCGCGUUCUCUCUCCCUGUUUCUUAAAGGAACGUGUACUUUACUGCUUGGGCAAUCCUGUGUAUUGCUGCCACCGUUGUAUCGAGCGAUGGAUCUGUCUUAUCUUUUUAUUCUAUCAGGUCAAGAGCUGAACUGUCGUGGUUUUAUUUGAGUUAUAAUGUUGGCUUGUAAUACGUGGAUUCAUGGAUGCGUCUGAAUGGAGCAUGUAUCAAAUCAUGUAUCAAAUCCUGUUAAGCUUCUUCUACCGAUGCACUUCAUUUGCCAUCAUGUUUAAAAAUGAGCUCACCUGCCGAUGAGAGAACUAAAUUAAAAGUGAUUUACUGUUUUAAA